AUGCUGGACUCGCUGGCGGACGCAGUUGAAGCAACGCCAUCCUGCUGCGUACCGGCGACGGAAGCGAGACCGAGACCUAGAGAACCUGAGCCGACGAGCGGGGAUGCAGAGGUUGAGGAGGAGCUGCCGGGGCGAAGGGCAGCUGGCACGAUGGUCCUUUGUCGCUCGGGCGAAGUUGGUCGGGGAACACUCCGCGCGGCGGGCGGGGCGACUGGCAUCGUCCAUUGGAAGCCUCUUCGCUCCGAGACAGGAGAACGCUGCGCGGAUGGAGCUGGCGACCGGCGAAACAGCCUGCCACACCACAGUGCGCAACCACACUCUCACUUGCUGUCACAACCAUCGAGCUCAGCCACGGCCAGCUCCCGGCAGGCGCUAUCGCCCAAUACGGACAGCCUGCCACACCACAGUACGCAACCACACUCUCACUUGCAGUCACAAUCAUCGAGCUCAGACACAGCCAACUCUCAGCAGGCGCUGCCUCCCAAUGCUGGAACAGAGGCCGAGGAGGAAAGGACUUACCUGCGGGGUGAUUUUGCGCCAUCAUCCGGGGCGGAUACCGCGGCUAGGCAGAGACGACCGCGCAACGCUGAUCCCUCCAGACCUGCAAAGGGCGUCAGGGAACGAGUGCUCCAUUUCACACCAUCAUGGUUCAGCGUGGUCAUGGGCACAGGCGUCAUCUCAACGGUUCUACUUCUGCUACCGUGGGAACCACUGCACGCAGGGCUGCGUUACCCGGCAGCAGCCUGGACCAUCCUCGCUAUGUUCCUCUUCCUGUUCUUCUCCCUGGGCUUCCUCGCCCUCUUGUGGCUGACCAUCACGCAUCCACAGAAGAGCAACUUUUUAGGUACGCUGCCAAUGGGCCUGACGCUGGGGACCGUAGAGUUCAACAUGGGCCCCGGACCUGCUCUUGCGGCGAGCGUACUGUGGUGGCUGGCGACAUUUCUGUCGCUGCUCACGGCAAUCGGCGUGCCCUUCGUCGCGAUGACCUACCAGUCGCACUCGUUCUCAUCUACGACCGCUGCGCUCCUUGUUCCCGUUGUACCUUGCCUGACAGCCUCCAGCGCAGGCGCCGUCAUCUCCGAGGCUCUCUACGACCAUGGCUUCUCCACCUACGCCUUCACGAUCGUCAUCGUCUCUUACAUGGUCUUGGGAAUCGGACUACUUUUGUCCCUCACGAUCCUUGUCCUCUACUUUCAACGUCUCCUCCUCUUCAAGCAGCCUCCUCGUGAGAUCAUCAUCUCUACCAUACUGCCGCUGGGUCCAACAGCCCAGUCCUCCACAGCUUUGCUCCACCUCGGUCAAGUAGCCUUGAAGCUCUUCCCCACCAUCUCCACUCGACCCGGUUCGGGUGUGACCGAGCUGGCGCUCCCCGUCGGCCAGGCCCUGUUUGCAUCUGGCUUGCUCAGCGCGCUCAUGCUCUGGGCGUAUGGCAUCUUCUGGACAUUCAUCGCGGCUGGCACCAUCAUUCGCGAAUUUCGUCGGGGUUCGGUCGCGUUUAGCAUAGGUUGGUGGUCUGCGACGUUUCCGCUGGGAUCUAUGUCGAUCGCCACCAUCCGACUUGCACUGGUGCUCGACUCGCUGGCCCUCAAAAUCGUAGCAACCGGCUUCGCUAUCGUUACACUGGUCGUGUGGUUCACGGUGGCGUGCCCCACCCUAUUGGGAUUCGUCAACGGCAGCCUGUUGAGUAGGGCAACGGCACCAUGUGUAGCCGACUUGCCGUUGGAUCCCCUUGACAGGCACGAUGAGGAGGAGAAGUCUCCGAAUCCAACGGACGGCAUCGUACGACAGUGA